GCCCUUGUCCACGUACAAAUCGGGUCCUCCCAGAAUGGUAGCCGUGGGCACUGCGAAUGGAAAGUCAGAGAGAGAUAUUACUGGCUAUACACCAUCCAUUAUGCAAUCCAUUUCCCAUUCACUUUACCCCUUUAUAAAUCCCUGAAAAUUCCCGAGCUCUGCUAAUCACUGCGUUACGUCGCCUAAUCAGCGCCGUUCACAGCUCCCCAAGACUCAGACGAGUUGUGAAAUUGCCAAACGGUUUGUUCUCCCCAUUUUCCAGCACAGCACUGCGCUGUGACAGUUCCACCCACACUGCUAUCCCUCCCUUCUGACCAGGCCAAUCCGGUCCAGUUCGGCUUUUGUUGCCAAUUUCCAUAGUCCGUCGUUGGGAGCUGCAGUGCCAGUCAAAGUCAGCACGUUAAAUAAUCGAUUACCGCCUGUCAGGCGGCCAGAAAGCGCAAAGUUUGCAAAGGACAAGGCUGCACAAAGUUGAAGGCGACUUUAAGAUGGAACCAUUUCGGCCAUAGACUUUUGUGGUAUUCAGUCCUGCCAGGGCAAGCAGCAUAUUGGAUGUGAUAACAACAUGGUGAGGUGAAGGUUCAAGGUUCUCGUGCUCUUUUUAUAGUCCUUUUUUUUGCAGAUGUUCGAUGACAGCUGCCUGCGGUUUCAUGGCCUGGUGAAUAUGUUGUACUUCCGCGAGUAUUUGCUCGGUCUCCACAACGGAUAUCGGCAGGAGGUGGCCAGCAACAUGUUUGUGGACCUGCCAUCAGCCCAGAAGAUGCCCGAGUUGGCGUGGGACAACUACUUGGCUGUAGUAGCCGAAUAUCAUCUGAAACGCUGCCAAUUGGAGUUACCCGAAAACUCCUGCCUGGCCACCGAUGAUUUCGAUGAUCCGCACUUUAAUUACGCCGAGGAUUUCUAUCCGAGACCUCCGUUUCGACAGUCGAAUGUCCGCGAAAUGACGAUCCUGGCGGAACAAUGGCUGGACGAGCUCUACGACAUGGAGGACAUUGCCACGGAGAGCGGGGAAAGUGAGAUCAGGAAUAUCAUCAACGAUCGCAGCUCCUACAUGGGCUGUGCUGCUGGCCAGGACUACGAUCUGUGGAACGUGCACUUCAUGCUCGUUUGCUACUACAGCGCAGGACCCUCGCACGAGGGAAGCCUCUACGAGGAGGGUCCAUUCAAUGCCAGCCUCUGUCCCUUCGGAAGGAGUGAUCGAUACCCCGACCUCUGCAAAACACUGACCCUGAAUGACUAAGUCGCAGAAUCCCUGGCAAAAUAAAUAUUGCAAAGGCUUUGGGUAUAAUUAAAUGUGCGAACCACUUGGGCCAUGAAUGCGAAAAGGCAGUGCUGUACUUUUGGAUUUCUUUGUAGCUAGACAUCUGUAUUUUGGAGACCAAAAGUUCAUAAAUUCGAGUAAUAAAUGAAGCUAGUUUAAUAAAGUGUUCUUAGAAAGC